AUGCUCUCCACACGCUGGCUGCCUUCAUCCCUUCGACCAUGCCUCAAUAGGCACUCCCUACUCUCGCGCUCAUUCUGCGCGAGCCGGAUAUGGCGAGAUGCAAUUCCUAGCUCCCCACGGGUCAAUUACGAUGACAAGUAUGCGGAGAAGCUGAAGCAGCGGGCGGAAGAACGCGGGAAGAGUGUCGAGGAGCUGAAGGGGGAGCUGAAAGAGCAAGAGAGGCAGCGACGCAUACAGAAGCUUGCAGAAGCGGCCAACAAAGCCGCGGAGGCAGAGGCUGCAGCGGCUCAGACUACCUCCGAUGGCGCAACCUCCCUGCAAUCAUCGCCUAAGUCCGCUUCUUCAUCAGAAGCUGCGCGGAGAGACAGCUCUCCGGUGAAGCCGCUCUCCACCAUUCUCAAUCUCCAAAAGCUCCUCGAAACUCCGCACACGCCCGAGCAAAUCUCGCUCCUCUGGCGCGCGUACCACGAGUCACGCUCAAACGGGACUGGGCGCGGUUUCCUCUGCGCGAGCGUACCGGUGGAGAGCUACGAGAAGAUGGUCGGCGUCGCGCGCAAGUACCCCACCUUCGUCCUCCCCGUCCCGCGCGAGAACGCGCAGGGCGAGCCCGCCCCCGACGGCUCCGCCUCCGACCCGGCGUACGAGUUCUACCUCAUGGAGUGGAGCUUCCACGGCGCCCCACCCGACCUCGCCGCCGCCGCCGACCCGUUCGCGAACCCGCGCGCCGCGCCCGGCGCGAACCCGCAGACGAGCACGGUGCUCUUCACGCCCCUGCAGGAGUACAAGCUCCGACAGGCGUUCGCGACGCCCUACCUCGUCCUCACGCAGUACACCGACCUCGUGCGCUCGCACGGGCUCGUCCUCCUCCGGGGCGAGAUCACGCCCGGCAGCGCGUCCGCGGGGGGCGACGCGGGCCGGUUCAUGCUGAGCCAGCAGGACGCGCAGCUGCUCGCGGUGCACAUGCAGCGGUUCUACCUCUGGCACGAGGGCUCGGCCGAGCGCGCGCAGCUCCUCAGGACGUUCCACGAGGACCCGACGGCGUUCAAGUGGGAGGAGCUGCUGAAGCACACCGACUUUGCGUGA